AUGACCAAAAAGGACAUGAAAAGAUUCUCAUCGUCGGCCAAAAACAGGGACCAAGGGUUUGAUCGAUUUGCAGAGGUCCCCAUCGUCCGCCAAAAACAAGGACCAAGGGUGAAGGUCGAUUUUGAUUUCAUUUCGAUUUUGAUUUUGCAGGUGAAGGUCGAUUUCGUUUUUGCAGGUGAAGGUUUUAUCGAUUUACAAGCGAAGGUUGUUUCACUGGUCGCUCGAAUGGAGAAGGUAGGUUUAAGGUUAAAAAGCUCUUUCUAUGGGGCCGCUGAUUUUGUCUUUAAAGAGAAGGUUAAAGCUCUWAAGAAAGACUUGAGAAUUUGGUCAAACAAUUUUUUAGCCACCGAAUCAAAAAGGAAAGAUGAAAUUUCUAAAGCCUUGGUCGAUUGGGAUUCUAAAGCUGAAAAGGGGGGUAUUUCAGUUGCCGAUUGUCAAAAAAGAGAUGAAUGGAUUUUUGAACUGAUGCUUUUGGAAAAUCGUACAAAGUUGGAUCUUAUUCAAAAAUCGCGCUCUACAUGGGCUUUAGAAGGGGAUGAAAAUACGAAGUUCUUUCAUAAUGUUGUUAAUCAUCGUUGGAGAAGGAAWAAAAUCAAAGGGAUCAUUUGCAACGGGGUUUGGAACUCURAYCCUUUGGUYGUCAAAAAUGCCUUUUUACAGCACUUUGCUGACAGGUUCAAAGAACCUUGCUCUUCUAGGCCAAAGUUCUUCAGCCCUCUCUUCUCUAAAUUAUCGUUUAAUGAUGCCGCUUUUCUGGAAUYGCCYUUUUCUUCUCWGGAAAUAAAGGAGGCYGYUUGGUCUUGUAAUGGGUCAAAAGCUCCUGGGCCUGAUGGCUUAAAUUUCAAUUUUAUUAAGAAGUUCUGGUCAGUGAUUGGCAGGUCUAUAGUUGAUGCGGUAACCUUCUUUGAAAAAACGGGUAGGAUUUCCAGGGGAUGCAAUGCUUCUUUUAUUGCUUUGAUUCCUAAAAAAAUUGAUCCUUUGGACAUMUCGGAUUAUAGGCCCAUCAGUUUACUUGGUUGCAUGUACAAAAUUAUUGCUAAGCUUCUGACUAAUAGAUUGGUGAAGGUUAUGGGCAAGCUCGUCAGUGGUAAUCAAUCCGCUUACAUCCCGGGAAGGCAAAUGUUGGAUGGUUGUUUAAUAGCUAAUGAAAUUGUGAGUCACGCCAAAAAGAAGAAAAUGAAAAURUUUCUUUUCAAGGUGGAUUUUGAAAAGGCCUAUGAUUCUGUAAACUGGAACUUUCUCUUUCACACUUUGGAGCAAAUGGGCUUUGGAGAGAAAUGGAUCAAAUGGAUCAGUGUUUGCUUAAAAUCGGCUUCCACUUCUAUUUUGAUAAACGGAUCGCCUUCUGAUGAGUUUUGCAUGAAUAGGGGUCUCAGGCAAGGAGAUCCUCUUUCUCCGUUUCUUUUUUUGCUCGUGGGGGAAGUCUUACAGAUCAUGAUCAGGACUGCUUGCAAUCAGGGGUUGUUCAAGGGCAUCCGGCUUGCGAAUUCUAACCGGAAUCUUUCUCUCCUUCAAUUUGCGGAUGACGCUCUAAUUUUUGGAAAAUGGUCUCGUAAAAAUCUUGUAUCUCUUACUAAUAUUCUUAACUGCUUUCAUGAUGUUUCAGGACUGCGCAUUAAUUUAUCCAAAUGCAAUCUCUUUGGUAUUGGUGUCUCGGAGGCAGAAGUCAAUAAUAUGGCAGUUAUGUUAAAGUGUAAGGCCUCUUCCUUUCCUUUCUUUUAUCUGGGGCUUCCUGUUGGAGGUAACGUGAACAAAAAAGCUUCAUGGUCCGUCGUGGAAGAUAAAUUCCUUAAAAAGCUUUCAAUUUGGAAGUCUCAUUACCUCUCCAUAGGCGGAAGAUAUACUCUAAUUCAGUCGGUGUUAUCUUCUCUUCCGCUCUUAAAAACGAAAAAUGUUGCUUUGUUAGCAAAAUGGGUAUGGAGGUUCUUGUCCAGCUCUAAUGCGAUAUGGAAGGAUGUCAUUUCUGAAUUUUAUGGUGAGGAUGGUGGUCUUUUUUCAAAUAGGCCUUUGGUUGGAAAAAGAGUUUGGGUUUCUAUUGUCAACACUUGCAAAAACGUGGAAGUUGCAUAUCAGAAUGUCAUCCUUUCGUUUACAAAAAAGGUUGCUAAAGAUUCUUCUUCUCUUUUUUGGAAAGAUGCGAGCAUCGGACAAGGCUCAAAGUUGAAAGACCUUUUCCCCARACUUUAUGCCUUGGAAAGGAAUAAAAAUGCUUCUUUCAAAGACAGAUGGACUUAUAUUAAUGGUUCUUGGAAUGGUGMUUGGGAUUGGAAAACAAUGAUUAGGGGUAGAAGCUUAGAUGAUCUUCAAGCCCUAGAAAGGCAACUCUCUCUUGUGGAUUUCAAUACUUCGGGUGAGGAUAUUUGGUUGUGGAAUUGGAACAAGAACGGGAUUUUUUCGGUCAACUUAUUGUCCAAAUUAAUUCAAGGGGCGGUUGAGACAAAUGUUGGAAGCAAUGAUCCGUUUUUUUGGAGUCCUUUAAUUCCUAAGAAGGUAAACAUCUUCACUUGGCGCUUCCUUAAAGAGGCCAUUCCGGUAAGAUUCAAUCUUUCAAAAAGAGGAAUUCCGUUACAAUCUUUGGAGUGCAUCUUUUGCGGCAAAGGUGUUGAAACUUUGGACCAUUGUUUCUUCUCUUGUUCGGUGGCAAGCAUUCUUUGGAGGAAAAUAUGGGCUUGGUGGGAUCUUAAAGCCUCGCGGCUUUUCUCGGUGUCUGAUUUUACAAUGUUGAUCAAACAAGUAGGUACUCAUCGUAAGGUUGGAGUGAUUUUCUUAUCAGUGUGCGCCGUGGCGCUUUGGCAACUUUGGAAGUGGUGGAAUGAAAUUUUUCAUGCUAAGGAUGAUGCGGAAGCUAAGAAGAGAGGUGAAGACCCAUUCCCAGGUGUUCAAAAUUUUUCCAAGCUUUGGAUGGGGAACAGGAAUCAUAAGUUCCAUMUUARUURGGAUAGUUGGUCUUCUUCUCCUUACCUUGUUUAG